AUGAUGCCCCCGGGCCAGAUCCUGCCUCCGCUGCUGCUGCUGCUGCUGCUGCCAGGCCCUGCCGCCCCGUGCUCCCCCCACCCCAAUGCUACCCAUUUCAUCUGCACGGAGCCCACUCUGAGCACCUUCCCCUCCGGGCUCCCCCCCACCACCGUCGCCAUCUCAGUGGAGUUCACGGCGCUGGCCACCCUCCUGCCCACCGCCCUGGCCGGGCUGCCCCAGCUGCAGGAGCUCCACCUCUCCUCCAACCGCCUCGCCAUCCUCCCUGAAGCCCUCCUGCGCCCCGUGCCCACCCUGCGCGUCCUCGACCUGACGGACAACCUCCUGGCCAACCUCCCCGCCGGCAUCUUCGCCACCGCUGGCCACCUCCAGCACUUGGUGCUGCGGGGGAACCGGCUGCGGGCGCUGCAGGCUGCCUGGUUCCAGCACCUUCCCCAGCUGCUCUGGCUCAACCUGGCUGCCAACGCGUUGGCGGAGGUGCCACCGGCGGUUUUCCGCCCGCUGCGUUCGCUACGUACCCUGGAUCUGUCCCACAACCGCCUGGCAUCCCUGGCGCCGGGCACGCUGGACGGGCUGCGGGCGCUGGAGCAGCUCGACCUGGAGGGGAACCGGCUGGGCACGGCCCUGCCGGCUGCCCCCUUCGCGCCCGUGCCUGCCCUGCGCCUCCUCUUCCUCCAGGAUAACGAGCUGCGGGCGCUGCCCGCCGGCAUCUUCGUCCCCCUCCGUCAUCUCCGCGUCCUCGACCUGGCGCGUAACCGGUUGCGGGCACUGGAGCUGCCCCCCCGGCCCCCCGGCCCCACGUUGGACCUCGACAUUUCGGGCAACCCCUGGGCCUGCGAGUGCCCGCUGCUGGCGCUGCUGCGGCAGGGGGGCCCCCCGCUCACCGCCGCCCGCAACACCCUCUGUGCCAGCCCCCCGCGCCUUCGGGGACAGGAGGUGGCCACCGUGAGCCAGGCUAGGGACACGGGCUGUGAGGCCAAGGGGGACGGGCAGCACCCGCCGGACCCCUAG